UGCAGCCGAGGCGGCUGCACGUGUGCCGGCGACAGGAUCCCGGCGCGCCUAUCCAACAUGGCGGCGUUCCCGUGGUGGUGAAAAAGCAGGGCCGCGCGUGCGUCGUCGACGGCGGUGGGCUGCGCGUCGGGACUGCGACGGGUGCCGGCCUCUUAACGAAGACAGCGGCAUCGCGGCCGAGGCGUCCAAGCGCCCGAUGGCCGACGACGGGCACUCAUGAGACCAGCCGAGGAGCAGGCCGACAACCGCAGCGCCGACGCUAUCCACGAGCAGCGAGCACAGCUGGAGCAGCAAGCCGAGACCGUCUUGUUCUCGCACGGCAGCCUGUAUGCCGUCAUUGCUAUGCUCACGCUAGCCGUGCUCUUCUGCGCUGGCGUGCUCGCCUACAGCAUCCGCAGGAACGACCUGCUGAAAGCCGAGUACCGCCGCGUCAUGGAAGCCUUCGCUCUGAGGGCAUCCAAGACGACUAGGUUCCCCACCGAGCCCGAACCGACCGAAACAUCUGAAACUAUGGGCCCGGCACCCAAACUCGAUGAGUCCACUCAGGACGCCAUCCUGCUGCUCCUGACGCGCAAGCCAAUCUCGAAUAUACAGCACCCUAAUCUAAACAAGCGCCCCACGACGAAACUCGCGGCGACUCCCGGCGGCGAUACGGUUUACUACGACGACCUCGCCAGCGGCAUCAAGAGGAUGCCAAAGGGCACGCGGAGUGGCCGAUCUACGCAGCAAAAGACUACCGCCACGCGAAACGAGACGGCAACGAGCUCAUCGUCCGGUGAGCGAGCGCUCGUUGAGACAACUCCGACGCCAGUGAUGACGCUAGGAACGACUCCUAAGGCGGCGCGAGGGACGGAGCUUCCGAAACUAGAAACGUCGUCGCCGGCCACAUUUACGACGACCGCCAGAGCAAGAAUUGCGUCCGAGGUCACGCAUGUCUCUGGUCUGAAUUACACGGACCUCGAUCGCAACAGCACGCAAUCGGACGCCGACUACGGCACCGACGAUGACUCGGACGAUGACGACGCCUAAGGCGCGCCAAAAGCCAGCAGUUGGGACCCGUGGUUCCCGGCUUGUAUUGUAUACCCCGAGUUUCAACGCGAAAAACACUCUGGCCCAUACGGCGGCCAAAGCGUUGGAUAACAGGGAAGUUGCGAAGCUAUGAAAAGUGGUGCCCGCCUCCUGCACCGGGUAGUCCGUACCUUUGUGUGGCGAUAGCCGAAAGCAAAUUAGAACGCCCUGCAUAUUUCAGCCGGGCCACCACCACUACCGCCAGCCCUUGGACGUUGUUGUCGAGGAAAUUUCAAUCUGGAGGCGGUGACAUCAAGCUAGUAAUGCCGCAAGACCACGACGCGAGCUUGAGCCACCGAGGAGGAACUAGUUUCGUAAAAAGCGUUUUUUUUUAAUGUUUCAUUUUUUAGCAUUCAUUUUUAUACAAUGAGCGAUCAUUUCACCGAACGAGAAUAAAAAAGAGAAUGAGAGACAA